CCUCCUGAACAUCAUUAACACAGCUCUCGCCAUUGUCGGAGCAGUUGCAAACGUUUUUGCAGUUUAAACCAGCCUUGCGGCACUGGCAACGGUUAGUGAAACACCUUUUUUUCGAGCAUCCACACUGUACUAGUUGAAGUAUCGCUUUAGGGGCUGGUGGCAUGUUUGUCAUGACAGUUAUCCAUUCUUCUUGGUCCAUCCGCCAUCCAUAGUGCUGCGAUGAUGGUAGCUCUGGGUUUUGUUAUUCUGUCGCUGUUCCAGACCGUCAACUGGUAAUGGGCUCUCAGGAUUGCCUGCUGCAAUGCGGCCUGUGUUGGUGGCAACCUGUCUGAUUGUGCUUUUUUUUUUUUGAAAAGGCUCCAUCGUAGGUCUUUAACAGUCAUAAGUUUUGUUCUUGGUUGAUAUGGCAGACAGACAAACUUCUCAAUGGCUGCGACAAUUUCUUCAUUUGGAUGAGCAGCUUGUCCAAGUUCUGCAAGGGUAGUGAUAACUGAUGAAUCUGCUUCUACAAAUAUCUUCCAGCAGAGAAGCUUCCCCUUUCCUGAAAAACUUCCUGUGUUGUCAGCUCAGCUUAGCGCGUGGGAUGCUGAAAGUGCUGCUAUCUUCUCUGGGCCAAGAGUUUCAACAGUUGGUUUCAGCUCAAUAAUACGAUGGUGUUGCCCUCUUCCCGUGACAAACAGCCUGUUCUCACACAAUUCCAGAUAACGUCUAAGAGCAAGGACGAAGACAUCUGUGUGCAGAGAGUGACUCUGUAGUUGAUUUGCGCCAUUAGCGGUAGCAUCAAGGGCAUGUAAGAUCAUCUUUGUGUCAUGUUGCUUGUACAAUCUUCAUUAGCAGUUUCAGACUGUGAACUGAAGGGCAACAUCUCUUGAUUCUUUGAUGCUUACCCUCUCUGAUUCAUUUACACGUUUGGGCUUGUGGAACUUAACGCCUUCUAUGUCGGCCUGGAUAAGUUUCUUUACACACUGUCUUUAUAGCCUUACGACUGCAUGUCUUCGCUUUCACAUUAUUUUCCUGCGAGAUGAUGUCAUAUGCAGCCUGUAGUUGCGACAUAUUCAUUAUUUUGAUACUCUUCAGUGCAAUCUCCGCCAUGGUUACAAACUCUAUCUUGGCUGCUACUUCACUUGCUUGCUCGAGUUUGUUGUGGUCGAGUGUUUACGAGGCACAUUUGUGACAUGUUUAGUCCAGCAGUUUUUAUGAUAUUUGAUUUCAAUUGCAUGAGCAUCUCUACUGUCAACUGCAGUCGAGAGUUUGACAUGUAACUUCUCAUCUCCUUCUUUCUUCACGGCAGCAUCCAGAGAACUACAGUGAAACCUGUAUUAAGCGGACACCCUCUAUUAAGCAGACAGUAGCCGAAGUCCCAAAAUUUAUUUCCCUUAUUUACUUUAAAUGAAACCUUCAUUAAGCGGACACCUCUAGUAAGCGGACGCGGACACCUAAAAAGCACCUGCAAAAAGUCAUUUCUAUUGUUACCAAUCUGUAUUAAACGGACACUUGUAAUUAAAUAAUUUCCACCACCCAACAUGCCAGACACCAAAAAUGCGAAAGAUUACCUCGGACUGCCACCCACAACUUAUUCGAUUGUUACAUUAAAAACAUGACUUGACGAACUUAUUUGAUUAGUUUCACAGUGCAGUAUUGUUUUCUAUUUCGUUUUGUUUGUAUAGAGCUUGUUUCACUCAUCUGGUUUCUUCAAAAUUGAGUUUCAGUCUAUGUUUAUGGUACUAUGAUCAAUUAGUCCACUUUGAUAAAGAAAUUAAUGCAAACGUAUAUCAUCGAAGUCUCUGGGAGUGUUCUUAACAUUUCCACUGUUCAUUUGAAUGGCAUUUGACAUCUCAUAUGUUAUCUAUCGAGACCUGUUUUAGGCGGACACCCUGUAUAAGCGGACACUACAGCAUUCCCCGAGGGUAUCCGCUUAAUACAGGUUUCACUGUACCUGCAGACAAUGUACUGAUAGUGAGUAGUGGCUGACGAUAUCCUCCCUCACCUUCACAGAGAAAACACACAUCUCGGUUGUAUGGCGAUGUCUUCGAACGUGUUAGUGGCUGUUUAGCUUCCAGUGACAAAUCACAUGAUUUUCACCUUGCCUCAUUCGGACCACACAGUUCUGUUUCAUACCUUUCUUUAGCUCUUUUUAUCAUGCCUGAAUGUGUUGUUUCUUGAUAACAAGUUCUAUGCCUUGAUACUAGUUCUUCAAAUGGAAAGCCUUUCAAAAAGGACCGCACCUCGGCGAACUUCACAUCUCCAUAAUGAGAUCUUUCCUGAAUUGCAUCGAAUAGCUUUUUGUGUGAAACGGGUUUUUCUACAAGUUCUUCGUCUGUGUCUGGCAGAUAAUGCACAAUUUAAAAGUAAUGCCUGUAUUGCGAAGAAACUCCAUAGCCAUUCUCGCUACAUUCUCUGUAAAUAAGGAUAGCUGACCUCUAUUCUAAUUAUAACUAAUUAUAACACGGUCCAGGCCCUCUUCCACGUGUGCACCACAGGAAAUCCAAUCCUCUGAUUUAUUUUUUGCUGAAAAUAAAGUCACAGCUAAGUUCUGUGGUUGUAGAAAGUUAUUAAGUACACCAUUCUAAAAACUCUUACCUUAUAAACAUGUUUGAAUGCACAGGUGUUAUCUACUAACAUACUUUAUACCUCAUUCUUUUGUAAUGUUUUUUGCCCCUCAGUACAGCUUUUGUAUCAGCCUCAUUUUCAUGCGAGCGUGGUCACGUGAUAACCCUUACCAAAUAAUUACAUUUGAUUGCACAGAUGAUAUUCACCUGCAUUACUUUUGUCAAUCUCUGCCUUUAUCAGGAGAAGUUUAAGUGCUACCAGUGCAGCUUUUGAGAGAGCCUCGUUUUCGUGCUAACUUGGUCACGUGACCCCAAUAACCUCUUAAAAUCGUAUGUUCAUAUUAGAAACAUUGAUUUGCACAAAUGUGUUGUUUUUGAUAAAGUUUUACAGAAAUAAUGGAAAGCUGUGGACAAUUUUAUGUUUGAGCCUCGUUUCCAUGCUGGGAUAUACACAUGACAUUUUCCACCCCAUAUAAAUCCCGUCUGAACAAGUGACAAAGUUGCCACCAAAACUUUUCAUGUUAUUUAGGGUCCCCUUAACACAUUUAGACUAGUGGCUUGCUUUCUUCACGAAAUUCCCACGGGACUUUAUUUCAUGACAUUUGCUGCCGGACUAUAAUGUAUCACGAUCGGGAUACAUUUGAUUUUAGUCAAGGCCACGUGACCAAGAAUCAACCAAUGGCAGUCCCUGUUUAGUUGAGUGAAAGUCUAGGAAUAUAUCAAGAGCUAUUAUACCAUGCUCUCAGCUGAAAAUUGGUUCUUUUUACAAAUAAAGUUGGGAAGAAUUCUCGAUAUUUUCGAUAUUAUUCUACGAGUGCAUGUUGGAUAUGAGAUAAUUAUAGCCUAUGCGCACUCGUAGAAUAAUUGUCAAUUAUAAAUAUUGCACAUACUAAUGCCCCUCCUGGUUUGCUGUUGGCCAAACUAGAUGACAAGAAUGCUGGAUAUCUUAGAAGACUUCCUUGAGGGGCACGGUUACAAAUAUGAAAGAAUUGAUGGAACGGUCAAUGGAGCAGCUAGGCAGGAAUGUAUUGAUAGGUUUAAUGGUAAGUACAUGUGAUGCAGGAGGAAACAGCAUUUCAGUAAUUUUAAUUGGGAAGUAGCUAGGGUGAUCUUCAAAACAGUUACUUGUUACCGGGGCUCAGCCGAAGGCUGGCACCGGUCUUAAAAUGCAGACCGUCCGUUUUUUCAACGUUACAUUGUUAGGGAUAUAUCGCUGACUGAGAUAUAUCGCUGGCUCAUUGAAAUCUUAUCCGCCAUUUUGAAAAGAAGAGGCAUGGAGGACAGUCAAGAGAAAGAUUAUAGCUUUUUUGGGGAACGACACGUUCCCCCAACCCAACUAGUUUAUGAGCGAAAAUUUAAGAGUGAAUAUUUGGAGAGACAAAUUUACGAUCACUUCUGAGACUGAACCUUCCAUCGUGAAACUUAUCGAAAAUUGAGUGAACCUUCCAUCGUGAAAUUUAUCGAGAAUCAAAGCGAACACUUAUCAAAAUUUGUCUUCAAAAAGAUUUCAAUGAUUGACAUACCGAAGACUUCAAAGCUCCAUCGCUAUGUUAAUAAGGUGAGAAAACUUUAUCAUGCACGAUAUAAAUGUAAUAACAAACGCGAUCCAAAGAUAAUUAACUUAAAUAAAAUGGCUAUACCCAAGAAAGCUUACUUGUUGUCUUUCUUUAGCAGGCAUUAUCACAGGAUAAUGAAACUAAAAAUAAUGUAAAAAGCACGCCGAUCUUUGUCAUUGUUUUCUUGCAAUUGUGUGAGUCAUAUGACCAAUAAUGUGAAUUUCAAACUAAGUAAAGAUGUUGAGAAGAAUCCAGGACCUACUCAACACAACACUGAUCAUCAUGAAGUAAUAAUUAGACCUUCUAUGCAAAAUCACAGCUCAACAUUGGUUGAGGUCACACUAGAGACUUUACUAUGGUAAAAAGGGCUUUACUAUGGUAAGUCUCAAACGCCUUCUUUACCGUAGUAAACCUGACAGGUCCACUUAAAAAGGCAUUUGAAACUUUCCAGGCGUUUUUCUCGUGAUCGGUAACGUGAGAGUGAAAAGUAAAACAAAUGAUGACCUGCUAUGGGAGCUGACUAAAUUGAAAUUACUGAACUGUAACUUCCUGAGCGUGACCCUCACAAGUGUACAAAGAUGCUUCAAUGUGAGAGAGUAUUGUUUUCUGUUGUGAGCAUUUUGCUUUUAAUUCUGCUGCUCAGACGAGCAAGAAAAAAUGCGCCCCCUUAUUACCUACCUUGGUUUCAAAUAACGGGUUAGUGAAGAUGUUUUAGUGACAGAUUUAUUGAUUACUCAUCGAAGACGUAUUCUUAGAGAAAGAGCGGCAUUGCGAAGGCAAGCGUGGGUUUUACCUCGACCCCAGGAAUGGUUUGAAGAAAUGUACAGAAACAGAAACCUUCAAGCACUGUGGAAAAAGCAAUCACCGAUGUUCUAACAAAGCUAUUCUGUUAUGUGACCCUUUUUGAAACUACUUUCCACAAAAAUCAUGACAAACUGUCAACAAAACAAACAAAGUUUAGAUAGACUAGAGAUAUACCCACCUAUUUUUUUUGGUAACCAGAUGGUUAUCGGUGAUGGGUCAUCUUUGUUCUUUCUGCGGUAGUCAUGGAAAUUAACCAGGGUAGAGUUUACCAUAGUAAACUGAAAAAUGCCGGUCACACUUACGGCGCCGUUUACUAUGGUAAACUUGAGUUUACUAUAGUAAACUUUCUCUAGUCUCCUAUUUCCUCUGAGAAUUUGAUGCAGUCAAGAUUAGGUGCACUUUGUUUACAAUCAAUAGAUGUUGGCGGUGCAGGUGAUUGUUUCUUUAGAUCUGUAUCACAUCAAUUAUAUGGCAAUAGCAACCAUCACAUGCAUAUACGUACUGCUGGGGUUCAAUUUAUGAGAGACAAUCCAGAGAGAUUUAUUGAGAGCAAUACCGAAAAUUCAUGGAUAAGAUAUCUGAAUAAUAUGUGUAUUCAAGGUACAUGGGCUGAUGCACUUAUCAUUCAAGCAGUUGCAGAUAUACUACUGUUUACCCAGUUCAGGAAAGAAAUACUUCCUCUACAAUAAUUACUAUAGGCCAUAUUGAUGAAUGCCACUAUGUAUCAACCACUGCCUUACAAUCAAGUGCCUCUAUUUCAAUGUGCAAUGAAUUAACAAAUGAUACUCAGUCAUCAAUAAAUAAGCAUUUUAUUAUGUCUGUAUAUAACACUGGAUGACAUUUUUUACAGUGCAAGACAACAAUCCAUGACCACAAAGAUCUAUUUCAAAAAUGUCUUAUGUCUGUUAUCAUUUCAAAUUCACAGUGUUUUCGCAAAAAAUAGAUAAAUGUGAUUAAUAAAUCUCAAUGAUAAACCUGAUGAUAACGUACUUGAGAAAAUGUGAAAUUGUGAUAAUUCUGUAACAAACUUCUUUGCAAACUUUGUCAUUACCAUUCAACCCAAAACUGUCAGUGAUUUUUUCACUCAACCUUAAAAACAAAUGAAAACCUUAUACAGAUCACACUUAUUGACAUCACAGUGUUACUAAAAACACUACUAUAACACAGACCGUUAGCUGUAAUAACACUGAACAAACUUCCAACAACAUCCUCCUUUCUCAUGCAGUUUGUUGCUUUUCUUCUGCAUGAGUUAAUUCAGACUAAGUAUUAGCCUCCACAGAGGAGGGGGAAGGGGUGCGAGAGGUAAACUAUAUCUAUGCAAUCCCGUGUCCCACUGGGCCCCGGUAAGUUCCACGUAGUGGUUCUAGUUUAUCUUAAUCUUCAGCUAUAGUUCAUUCUGCUACUGUUAAAACUGUAUUUUCGCGAAAGAAAUAUUUACUGUUGAAAAUGUGCUUUUCUGCUGACUGUCCUCUGACCAAAAUGCCAGAACUAUGGUAUAAGAUGGUGCGAAUCAAUGACAGGCUUUUACUUUAGAUUUUGUGAGUGUAUUGUAUUUAGUGCUCCUGUUUUUCUAAAACUAAGCUUCUAGUGACGGGCAAAUUUGUACCCUUUCGUGGUGGUUAUCUGAUAAAUAAUACAAAAAAUUGAAAUUAUCCUCAUUUCAUUAAAAUCCGGACCAUGGAUAAAUCCUGACCUUAUAUGAACCCUGUAAAAGGAACAUGAAUCCCCAGAUGCUUUUUAUAGGUUAGCAAAAUGAAAACAAAACCAAUAGAACCCCUUAGCUGUUCAAUUACUACCUACUACUACUAAUUGAAUACCCCUUGAAACUUGAAAUCUUACUGACAGCCCUGCAUUACAGUUAUUGAAAUGUUUUAUAAAUAUUGUUUUUGAUGCUAAUCAGAGCUGUGUUUUUCUUACCUUUUCUUUUUCUGUUUGUUUGUUUGAAGCUGCUGGUGCACAGACGUUUUGUUUCUUGCUUUCUACUCGUGCUGGAGGUCUGGGCAUCAAUUUAGCCACAGCUGACACUGUGUUUAUAUAUGACUCAGACUGGAAUCCUCACAAUGACAUCCAGGUAUACAAUGUACAUAAAUAAUGAUAUUGACAUGAAAAAUUGUAUUUUGGCCAAUCCAAUAGUUCAGAAAAUUUGGUAUGUUAGUAGACCUCCUUAUACUUGGGUUUUCUGUUAACAGUUACAAAGCUGUGACCUGCUUCACCCUGGAGUAGAAAAAGAAAUUACAAGAUUUUUUUAUCCUUUAGAGCGUACGUAGCAACUUAAAAAUAAGCCAACCUAAUAAGAUGUCGUACAUGUGUGUUGCUUUUCUUCCCUUCUUGUCUUUCCUCACAGGCGUUCAGCAGAGCUCAUAGAAUUGGUCAAAACAAUAAGGUAUUUAAUUAAAAAAGUGGUGCUCUUCAGUGCCUUGUGUAUUAUUUUAUUGUAUAAAGUCUUCAUUUAUCCUAGUUAGUUCAGUUGGAUAAGGACCUGGGGCCUGUUUCUCGAAAGUCUUGAUAGUUACGGGGCCCAGAAAGCUGUUGUUGUGUACAUUCAAGAUUUUCUAAAUUGUAAAUUGUAAACUGUAAUUUGUUUACCCACGAAGGGCUAAGGAGUUCAUAAGAACUCGUUGAAACGUGUCGGUGCGUUCCAGAUCGAAUUGGAAAUUGAAAGUGUUGGUUUUUAAGGAGAGGGGAAAACCGGAGUACCCGGGGAAAAACUUCUCGGAGGAAGGGAGAGAACCAAGAUAGAGGUUUCGGUACUUUUGCAGACAGUGUAAUAAAAUUAUCAGUUAAGAAAACAAAAUAGACGGGUUUGUUGGCUAGGACUCGCGCGAUUUUAUUCUUUACAUUUUUAUUUGAAUAUUUGAUUUCGAGCCUGGAAAGUUACUGGGACUUUCGAGAAAUGGGCCCAGUCCUCCAAGCAGGAGGUCAUGGGUUCAAACCCAGGCCAGAACAUCAAACAAUCUUUGAUUUCAGACCUUAGCGUGUCUGUUAAUAUAUAAUGUACAGUAAGAGAACACGUCUGAUGUUCUCUCGUCCGUAACUCAUCAUUCAUUUCAUGCAUUCAUUCAUUCUUUCAUCCAUUCAUUUCAUUUCGUCCCAUUCAUUCGUGUUGUUCUGUACAGUUUAGCCCUGUAUUCAGAGACUCUUCUUAAUUCACCCUCCAGUGCACUUGAGAGAGGCGUCAUUGUCUUCAGACUUUUUAUGUCCCCCUCAUGGAGCGUCAGUUAAGACAUUACUUUUCAGUACAUGUAGAAUAUCAAAAUUACAUUAUGAGUCUCCGUCUUCUUGUUAGGUUAUGAUCUAUCGCUUUGUUACAAGGGCCAGUGUGGAAGAACGGAUCACACAGGUACGUAGUGCUGUACAUUAUAACAAGUGUAAGGGAAAAUAUUUAUUUUAAGCGACUAAACAAAGUAUAGUCAGUUCCUGCUAUUGCAGACACAAUCUAAACAAUAAUUGUUUGGAUUCUUACUACACAUUAAUGGAACACGUUUAUGGCUCCUUCCUUGGUGGUUUUUAUUUGGAGGUGUGCCGGUGCAGUCUUUCCCUGUUAGCAGAGGUAUCGUGAGAGACCUCUGCUAGCAGGGAAGUGCAGUCUCUGAUGAUGCUGAUAAUUGUGCCACAGCUUCUAAUAUUAACUAUAUAAAAUAUCGGGCAAAAUAAAUGAUAAUAAGCAUAAUCUGCAUGUUUUAGGGUUUUUUAAGGAAACGAUAUGGUUGGAAUGACCUAAAUUGGAAAAAACAUGAGAAAUUCCUUCCAAAUCAAGGAAAGGGUUGCAGUGAAUGAACAUUCAAUCCAAUAUUGCUUUGUUCACCCGAGCUCAAUUGCCUAUAUCAGAACCUUAUCAAAGUACAGUGCUCAGUUGAAACAAAACAUUGAAGAAUGGCUACUUUUGUGUAUAGUUGCAUCUCAGUUCUGAAAAUUUUGUGUUAAAAAAUUGUAAUUAUUUGAUUGUUGUUUAUUGAGAAACCUGAAUCUCGACUAAUUUACUUCCCCUAUCAGUGUGAAACAAACAACUUCUUUAAAAGCCCCUUUUUUGUUGUAGAUGUAUAAUAUGACCCCUUAAGCUUUGAUGACUUUGAUCUUUGCUUGAAAGGUUGCCAAGAAGAAGAUGAUGCUGACUCAUCUUGUGGUUAGACCCGGCUUGGGAUCCAGCAAAACUGCUGUCAUGUCUAAGAGUGAGCUCAAUGAUAUUCUCAAAUUUGGAACACAAGAGCUCUUCAAGGAUGACAAUGCUAAAGAUGGAGGUUAGUCUUCUACUGACACACCUUUCUUUAGUGAAUCAAAUCAUUCCUGACACUACCUUAAGUCAGGGGCACCCAAUGACUGUUUUCUGUGAAAUAUCUGUUCGGAGAAGCAACAAUUGCCUAGAAUUUUCUAUAGCUUAAGGAAGGCUAAAACUGAACUAAGAUGACUAAAACUAAACUAAGAUGACCAUUCAUGUACAAUUUUCGAAGCUUAUCUAGUAAUAUCUUUUUUUAACUUACUGAAAAGCAAGUGCUGGUACGUGGAAGACGUAUGACUUUGCAGACGCUAUUGAUAACUCCUAAUUUAAUGGUUUAUAACUGGUGACAAGAUAUGUAUCAGUUGGUGAAAGGAACUGAAGUCUAGACUAUCAGUAGUUUUUUUGUUUUCCAUGGGGUGGCAAAUGGAGUAAAACAUGAGUGAGCCAUCUUCCACGCCCUGCCAUGUUUUUCUGCUGCUAAGAAAAAAAAUUGGAAAAAACAGGAUAGCGAGACCAUAUUUCUUAAGCUGGCCGAAAUGUACAUUCUAAAUCGAUUUUCUUUUAUUGUCAGACUCGGGUGACUCAGGCCGCAUAGAUUAUGAUGAAAAAGCCAUCAUGUCACUGUUGGACCGUACCAGUAGCCAUGAUGAUGCUCCUGAUGAAGAGAAAGACAUGUUGGCUAAUGAAUACCUCGCUUCUUUCAAGGUAAGACUCAGGCCCUGUUUAUAUGGAGAAAAGUUGUACAAGGUGGAAGGGUCACUUGCCUACCCUAGCUACCCUGGGCAAGCCUGGUUCUCAUAUGCCGCCGUUGUAUCUGCAACGUAGCUGCAGGUACCACCUGGGCUACUUCUUGGACAAAUAAGAACAUGCGCUGCCUGCAACUAGAGCCAUCACAAAGUUUUACCGCUGGCAUGCCUGCGAAAAUGAACUCGAGUCAGCUUCGCAGGCAUGCCUGGGGUAAAGAAUGGGAUGACCGAUGUUGCUGGCUACUUCUGUUCUCAUAUCAGAACAGUAUCCCAGGCAGUACCGGCAGCCAUGUUGCAGGUGCAUCAGUGGCAUAUAAGAACCGGGCUUGCAAAAAAAAAGUGGGCAGGGAAUCAAACAGAUAGGGAUUUCUGUUAGUUUUAUGUGUCGUCCUUUUUCCAAUAGUUGAAUAGCAGAGCCAGCUUUUUGGCUAAAGCAUGUCAAAAGAGAAGGAACAGGAUGACAGCAUUUUGUUGCUGUGGCCUGUUGAUGACUUCUCUCACUUUAGGUGGUUGUAAUCUGCAUAUAUACAGACCACUUCGAUGACAUGCAAUAUUAAACAUGAGUGAGCAGGGCCUGGAGCCUUAGCAUUAGGCUACUGGAGUAGUAUAUCACUCAGACAUGAUAAUGUCUCCCUCCAUGAUAGUAGUGAAUUAUUCCCAGCACUGUAGUCAAGUCUUACUGAUUUUGCAUUUAGACAUGCAUACAGAAUAGUGAACACGUUUUGCCUUUAGAAUUACUGUUAGACUUUGUGGUAAUAUACGCUCAAACAUUUUCACAGUGAUAUGGAUUAUACUAAUUGAUCCUUUCUCCGCUAAUAGUGACUAGAGAAAUAAGUUCACCCCUGCCCCCACCCCUCCUCAAAAAAUAUUCAUUUCUAAAGUUCUUAGAGAUAAAUAGCGCUGCGCGAACGUCUGCCAGAGAGGUUUCAAUUGGGCGGUAACACCAUAGGAUUUCAUUAGAGAUUUAAAAGAUACAAUGACUAAUAACCUAGCCACACCAAAGUCUGGAAACAUUCAAGUGAUAAAAAAUACCAACUUGGAUAGUGAUACCGUAUCAUUCAGUUUGCGCUUAUCAGUUUGUGGUUUGUGUGUGAACCUUUCUAAAAGCCAUUGAUUUACAAGUGUUUUUAAUUAACGAAUGUGCAAGCUUAUGCCAUCCAAGUUUUGUUUAGUUAUUAUUUUCAGUAUAUCCUGUUAACACUUUGGUGUUUGUGGCUUUCUUUGCAGGUCGCAAGCUAUGUAGUGAAGCAGAAAGAUGAUGAUGUAGAAGUUCUCAAGGUAGCAAAAAAAAUCGCCAUCUUCUUUACGGCUUAAAUAGUUGAUUAACGUCUUUCGCGAUGAUUUACAUUCCGCAAAAAACAGUUCUCAACUUUUCACUUCUUCUGUGGUAUUUUCCCGAACGAAUCCGAGCAUGUACCCACAAGCUGGACCUUUUCCAUGUUAUUAUUUUUCCUUUAUGUUCAUCUUAAUUUACCUCUCAGUAUCGAUUUGGAUAGAAAAUUCUUUUGUUGUUUGAACUUGCUAGCGAGGCUUGGAGUCAAUUAUCAUGAGCAUUAAUAACAAGAAACAUGAAAAAGUUCUAUUCUACUGCUAUUCUUUAUGAACAGCAAGAUGCAGAGAAAGCAGACCCUGACUACUGGGAGAAACUUUUACGCCAUCAUUACGAACAGUUCCAAGAAGACGAGGCGCGACAUCUUGGAAAGGGAAAAAGAAUCAGAAAACAGGUAACUGUAACUUUACUUAAAUUGUAGGAUCAAAAUUUAACUUCUCAUUUCCUCUAGAAGUGGUGGGGAGAAGUUUUUAAAGUGCCAGUUAAAUUGAUCUUGUGUGAUCACGUCCUUAAUUCUCGCAACCACUCUGUAUUAUAAAGUAUUUAUAUUAUGAGAAAUUUGAUGAUGAACACUUCUAGAGCCUAAAGGCAGGCUCUGAUCUGAAAGGAAACAGGACACAUAAAUAACUCUUACAUAAUAGUCGAAGCAUGAGCACUUCCCGACACAAAUUAAAUUUUUAUUUUUGACUAUUGAACAACUUGGUGUGAUUUUUCCUUCGGGGCGGUGUAGUCACUGGAUUGCAGUGAUCUUCUUUUUCACUGAUAGAAAGUUUUCUCGCCUGGAAUGGCGCCCGGUUUCUAGUAAAUAUUGUCUGGUGAUGGUGAUGAUGUUCAAAGCGCAACAUGACGUGUCACAAUUAAUAUUUCCAAAAAAACCGGCCUGUUCAUCGAUUCAUAUGAUUGGUUCGAUCCGCUGAAAAAGAGUGUAGCCAUCUUUACGAUAACGUUUAAGCCAUCUUGAAGAGAACUGACAAUGUUCGCUGUGCUCGCUAAACGUUUACUAACCGAUUGUUGCGAUUACAUGGAAACCAGUUGAAAUUUGGGUAUUUAGAAGGCUACGUACAAGCUAAAGGCGGUUAUUGAAAAAAAAAAUUACGUGUAAGUAUGGUCACUGAUCUCUAAACUGCUUCUGUGUGUAUCCCCAGGUGAGCUAUGUUGAUGGAGGCGUGGAAGAUCAGGAAGAAUCAGGU